AUGAUGUCCUCCCUGCAGCGCCCUGGCCGCGACCUGGAGCGCUUCGAUGGGCUUUCCCUCAUUUACUGGACACUCAUGGGACCGUAUGGGAUGGAUCGAACCGUGCACUGCUUUGAUUUCUAUGACUGUGCAAACGGGCUGGGUAUUAAGGUAAUUGGUGGCAUCAAGGAACUCACUGGAGAAGAAUAUGGAGUUUAUGUCAAGAGGAUCCUUCCAGGAGGUGUUGCUUAUGCAGAUGGGCGCCUGCAGCCAGGAGACCAGAUUCUGGAGGUCAAUGGAGAUUCCUUACUUGGGGUUACAAGUGAGAGGGCUGUGGACAUCCUGAGGACAGCAUCAGCCACCAGCCACAUGCGCCUUCUCGUGGCCCGUGACGACGAUGCCAGGAGAGAGUUCUCUGAGCUGCUGGAGAAGUUUGGCUCCCAGAGCAACACGGGCUCAGCACGGAGCUCACCGAUCCUGCACGGUGGCAGUAGAUACCUGGAAAGCACAUCCUCAGGCUCGUCCUCACGCUCCCAGAGCCCACUGCUGCUGAGUCCUGCCAGCUCCCAUGGCCCCUUCAUCGGGAACCCCCCGCACCCCGCUCACGCACACUACUCCAUCGAAUCAGGAAUCCAGAGCAUUUCUAUAGCCAAAUCCUCUGGCUUAGGGCUGACAAUCAGUGGUGGAUCCAACAGGCCUGAUGGCCCCAUGAUUUAUGUACAAGAGCUUAUGCCAGAUGGUGACUGUUACAAGGAUGGUCGUCUCCGACCUGGUGACCAACUAAUUGCUAUCAAUAAGGACUCUUUGGUGGGCAGCACACAUGAAGAGGCCAGAAAAGUAAUUGCAAAAGCCAAACUCAGACAUGAGGGAAACACAGAAGUGGCCUUUAUUCCUGGAAGGGGACGGUUACACCCUGGGCUGUCAGUUCAUAACAACAUCCCAUCGCCACCUCCAAAGGCUGUGGGAAACGGGCUGAGCUCCUGCAGGCUGAAGGUCCACGUCAGGUCCCCAGAGAAUAGACAUGAAAACCAUUUCCCUGUGCCUUCUUUGUCACCGGACAUUUGCCCACCAGAGCUUACUGUCUCAGCACCCACUUCAGCAUCUCAUCACAAAACAGCUUCAGGCACCAAACCAAAAGUAGCUCUGGAUCCUCACAUCCGCCUCAAGGAUGGCAAACUGGAGCUGGUUCUGCAGUAUCUUGGUCUGGAUGUGACUGAGGAGAAGAAGAGGCAGUUAAGGCAAAGCUUGACCACAGACUCCCAGGGGACAGUGGCCUAUGGAGAUCUUCUCCAAGCACUGAGGGAUCUGAUGCAGGAGGAGCUGGAUGAGGCUGGUCUGGAUUCCAAAUCCGUGCUCUUCACACAGCAUGAAGUGGCCAGUUUGCUGGAUACGUCGGCGUUUCACUCCCCGACCUUUGACUCUCUCAGCUGUAAUGGCAAUGGGGAGCUGGAGCAGCUGCAACUGGAAAUGAUGGAUCUGCGGCAAGAAGUUCGAAGGCUAAAGUCUCUCCUUAAGGAGGUGGAGAACAGCAAGAUGUCCAUGGAAGACGAGAUUCAAAGACUGAACCAGAAAGCACUGGGCUUCCUCUCUGAGAACAGGACACUGCACAGCAAGUUGCAGAUGGCAGAGGUGGUGCAGAGACAGGCUCACAGUGCAGAGCAGGACUAUGAGGAAGUGAUCCACUUGCUGGAAGCUGAAAUUGCAGAACUGAAGAUGGAGCUGGCGGGAAAGAAAGCCAAACACACCUCUGAAAUAGAGGAGGACAUCCUGGAGCUGAGAAGACAGUUGUCCCUGGCUGACGGCCAGCUACGCAAAUCAGAGGUGUCUCGGAAGCGCCUGGAGAUCUGCAAUAGGAAACUGCUCCUGUUUGUGCAGAACGUCCACAAGGUCCUGAGCACACCCAGUCAUUGCCCAGAUGACAAAAGAGUCAACAGUGAAACAGAAGAGGAUAAAACAGAUGCAGUCUCAGACACAUCUCUUCCAUCUUCAGAUCUUGUUGACCUUCUGCUAUCAGAAGCUAAAGAACUGUUAGCACCAAUCCUCUCCAACAAGGAUGCUUUGCCAUGUGACAGGGACCAGUGCCUGCCUGCUGAAGGAAUCUCAGAUUACAAGGACCAUCAUCUUCAUCAGAAGACCACGUGGCCCCCUCCUGGGAGCCAGCCCAAGCAUGACCAACCCCAGCCACCAAAUCCAACCAACGACCUGCCCAAGUAG